CCUGAGCCGGGCGGGGCAAGACCGCGAGCGGCCCCGCCCUCCAGUGCCGCCCCGCCCUUCGGUGUCCAGCCCCCUUCACUUCCCAGCUUUCCUCCCCACUCUCGGGAGGGCAGAACCUGGCCUACCCAGGAACUACACUCUGGCCUCCUCGCCGGCCCGAGGCUCGGAGGCCACGUUCCGUCAGGUUGAGCGUAUCCUGGGACUUGCGGAGGGUCGGCUGCUGCAGGUCAGGAGCGGGUUGGGGACGGAGUCCUGGGUCUUCCUGGAUGGAGGCGCUGAAGGCUGCCUCCAGGCCCCACACUUGCAGACCAGAGGGCCUGCGGAUGUUGUCCAUUAUGGUGCUGACGUCUGGGUUAGGAUGCGUGUUGGAAGCCAGGGCAGUGUGGGUGUGCGGUGUUGUGUGUGCGUCUUUUGUGGACCUGGAGACGGGUGUGUGUGGUAGAGGCUCCAAUCCCGCAGCUCGUGGGUGUUGGGGAGUGGGGGUGGUCAGGUACAGACACAAGGCCUGGCUCUCUGCAAGCGCUAUACACAGGCUAAUCCGCCAACCAGGAUCCAGAAAGGGCCGCUUAUGUGGUAAGUAACGCGAAUGUACACAUCGUUCACACGGCAAGGGUCGCCACAGAAUCUGUGCCAGACUCACUCGCCGACACUGGACUUUGCCACACACGUGGGCCCGUGACUUUCCCCAGGGAAGUGAGUUUGGAAUGCUUGGGUUGGACCAGGCCAGAUGUGGAGUGGUGGAUGUUGGGGAGUUGAAGGGCCUUCCCCCAGGUCUCUUCUCCAUCCUUUUUCCCCUCCUUAGCCCAGACCAGGGUCUCCUCCCCAGGCCUCAGGACGCCUCCUGAGGACCUGCAGUCCCAGCAGUAUCAGGUAUCAGCCUACAUGUAGAGAUAGUUCCUGGGAUUGAGUGGUCCUCUUCUUCAGGUUUCUGGCCUCCAGACCCUCUCCAAAUUCCCAGAUGAGAAAGGACCAGGAGUCCUCUGGGCCCACAUGCCCUCUACCCUUGCUGAGCCCAUCAGAGUACCCUCCCAUCCAGCCUCUGAGCAGGAGGUGAGGGCUGGACACUGACCCUGGAGGCAGGAAUGGGAACAUAGUCACUCCAGAAACUGCUGGUACUGAGAACUCUGGGGAGCUUCCUACUAGCCAGUUAAGUCUCCACCUGGCUCUGGCUGAGAAUGGGGAUGGGAGUCUCCCUGGUUCUCCUAUUGCCAUCCCUGGACUCAGACCAGGGGUUUGCCAAGGUCUCUGAGACAGGGGGGUUUCCAGUGUGCCCUUUUCCAUGCUGAGCUGCACCCUGGCCUCCUCCAGCUGCGGCCAGCUCUAUCAUCACCUCCACCCCAUUUGCCCCUGGAGGAAACUGGUCUAGAUUGGUGAGUGGGGACAUGGAGGGUGCCCAGCCCUGGAGUGAAUCAGGAUGAAGUGAACCAGGAAAGUGGGACAGACUACCCUAAGGGAUUCCAGACUUUAAGCCUGAGGAAUUCCCCCCAUGUCCCUAUACACAGACCCUUCUGAAAGCGUAAGUCUCCCAGGUCCUUUGCCUGGGCACUGCCCAUGACAUUUUAACUCCUUCUCUAAGAGAUGCAGCCCCUGGGAGCACUACUAGCUGGCAGAACUAUGCUUCACAACUCCAGCCACAGGGAAGGCAUGGUCCAUGUGGGUAAGACCUGGAGGGAGCACGACAGGGACAGGGAAGGAGUGUGGGUAGGGGCAGGGGGAGCCCUGGCCCCAGGCACCUCCUCUCCAUUCCCCCCUGAGCCUCCAGGGGCCUCGAGCAGCAUCAUCCCUGUCUACUGUGCCCUCCUGGCCACUGUGGUCCUCGGUCUGCUCGCUUAUGUGGCCUUCAAGUGCUGGCGCUCACACAAACAGAGACAGCAACUGGCCAAAGCUCGGACUGCAGAGCUGGGGGCUUUCAACAGGGAUCAGAUGCAUGGGGAUAGCACUGUCUUCCAGGACUCUCCAUGCGGUCUGGAGCCCUGUGCUCCCAGCCAGGGGCCACAUCCUGAGCUUGGCUGCCGGCUUUACCUCCAUCUCCCUCGGCAGCAGCAGGAGGAAGUGGAGCAGCUCCUGGAGGCAUCUGGCGAAUCUGACAAAGGCUGGCAGGGCCUGGCAAGCCGCCUGGGCUACCGGUCUGAGGCUGUGGAGACCAUGGCCCAGAGCCAGGUGCCAGCCUACACCCUGCUGAGAGACUGGGCUGUUCAAGAGGGCAGCAGUGCCACCCUCAGGGUGCUAGCAGACACCCUGGCUGCCAUGGGCCGUGAAGAUGUGGUCCGGGUGCUGGGCCCCUUUGCUGAGGGCUGCUCUGUGGUGUAAGUGAUGCUUCCACAGCCCGGCCUCUCACGGAACCUGCUCUGGUGCUCCCCACCACCCUCAUAUCUCAUACACCUUCCCUUUCACGGGCUUCCUGGCAUUGGUGACCUCAGCCUGCUCUGUGCCAGGGGGGCACAGAUGAUCCAGCCACCAUUCACCUCCCCUCACCCUACCUUCCUCCAGGAAGGUUGGUGGUAAGGAAUGGUCCUGUCCCCCUCCCCUUACUUAGCCUCAACUGUUGCUUUCUACUUUUGUAUCCCAUAUUAAAGGCAACUUUGGACUAUUGUCCUGGCA